CGGUCCCUGUGAUACAAUCUGCCGAGAGAGGGGGUGAAGGAAAAAAACCAACUGGGUAGGUCGGUCUUUGUUUCUGUCUAAGGAGGAAAACCAAGAGACGUUGCGACCGGUGAGGUUUCAAACAUCACCUUUCACAACUUGUGGGUACUUUCUCCUGCCACACUUGCCCAUUUUCUCCUGAGAGAUGUCCACUCCUGACCCACCGAUGGGAGGGACACCUCGUCCCGGUCCCUCCCCGGGCCCAGGGCCAUCUCCAGGAGGCAUGAUGGGCCCAAGUCCAGGUCCUUCCCCAGGUUCAACCCACAGCAUGAUGGGACCCAGCCCAGGACCACCUGGAUCUGGUCAUCCCCACCCUCCACAGGGACCCUCAGGAUAUCCUCAGGACAACAUGCACCAGAUGCACAAACCCAUGGAAGCCAUGCAUGACAAAGGAAUGCCCGAUGACCCUCGCUAUGGUCAGAUGAAGAGCAUGGGCAUGAGACCAGGGGGACACAGUGGCAUGGGACCCCCUCCAAGCCCCAUGGACCAACAUUCCCAAGGUUACCCUUCUCCAUUAGGAGGCUCAGAGCAUGCCCCUAGCCCCGUCCCAGCCAAUGGCCCUCCCUCUGGGCCCAUGAUUCCUGGAGGUCCCCCUGGCCCUGGGGCUGGCCCUAUGGAGGGCAGUGGGGACCCUAACCAGGGGAUGGGUCAGCCGAACCGUGGGGGUCCCCAGGGUCCAGGUGGACCAGGCGGUGCAGCAGGUGGACCGGGCGGCUCAGGUGGACCCACUCCUUUCAACCAGAACCAGCUGCACCAGCUCCGGGCCCAAAUCAUGGCGUACAAGAUGCUGGCACGUAGUCAGCCCUUACCAGAGCACCUGCAGAUGGCUGUGCAGGGGAAGAGGCCCAUGCCAGGGAUGCAGCAGCAGCCAAUGCCCAACAUGCCACCUUCUACAGGCCCUGGAGGUGGACCUGGGGCUGGACCAGGACCAACACAGGCCAAUUACAAUAGACCACAUGGUAUGGUAGGUCCCAAUAUGGCACCUCCUGGACCAGCAGGAGUUCCUCCAGGUAUGCAAGGACAGCCUACCAAUGGACCUCCUAAGUCAUGGCCUGAAGGACCAAUGGUGAACGCUGCUGCUCCAUCCAACCCUCCUCAGAAGCUGAUCCCACCUCAGCCCACCGGCAGACCCUCUCCGGCUCCACCGUCAGUGCCGCCUGCUGCCUCCCCAGUAAUGCCCCCUCAGACACAGUCUCCAGGACAGCCUGCCCAGCCCCCACCCAUGAUGCUCCACCAGAAACAGAGCCGCAUAACCCCAAUUCAGAAACCCCGUGGGCUGGACCCAGUGGAGAUCCUCCAGGAGAGAGAAUACAGGCUGCAGGCUCGUAUUGCUCACCGUAUCCAGGAGCUGGAGAACCUUCCUGGCUCUUUAGCUGGAGACCUGCGCACUAAGGCCACCAUUGAGCUGAAGGCCCUCAGGCUGCUUAACUUCCAGAGACAGCUGCGCCAAGAGGUGGUGGUCUGCAUGCGUCGGGACACUGCUCUGGAAACUGCCCUUAACGCUAAAGCCUACAAACGCAGCAAACGCCAGUCUCUACGUGAGGCUCGCAUCACUGAGAAACUUGAGAAGCAGCAGAAGAUUGAGCAGGAACGUAAACGUCGUCAGAAACACCAGGAAUACCUCAACAGCAUCCUUCAGCAUGCCAAGGACUUCAAGGAGUACCACCGGUCCAUCACGGCGAAGAUCCAGAAGGCCACCAAAGCAGUCGCCACUUACCACGCCAACACUGAGCGCGAGCAGAAGAAGGAAAAUGAACGCAUUGAAAAGGAGAGAAUGCGGAGGCUGAUGGCUGAAGAUGAAGAAGGCUAUCGUAAACUUAUUGACCAGAAGAAAGACAAGCGUCUGGCCUACCUGCUCCAGCAGACAGAUGAAUACGUGGCCAACCUCACAGAGCUUGUGCGUGCCCACAAAGCUGCACAAGCUCUUAAAGAGAAGAAAAAGAAGAAGAAAAAGAAGAAGCCAGAGCCUGCAGAGGCUGGUGCUCCUGCACUUGGACCUGAUGGAGAGCCAUUAGAUGAGACCAGUCAGAUGAGUGACCUCCCAGUGAAGGUGAUCCAUGUAGACAGUGGAAAGAUCCUGACCGGUGUGGACGCUCCCAAGGCUGGACAGCUGGAGGCCUGGCUUGAAAUGAACCCAGGAUAUGAAGUAGCUCCUCGUUCAGACAGUGAAGACAGCGGUUCAGAUGAUGAAGAUGAAGAAGAGGACGAUGAAGAUGAGCAGCCUCAGCACUCUUCAGCUCCAUCAGAAGAGAAGAAGAAGAUUCCUGACCCUGACAGCGAGGAUGUGUCUGAAGUGGAUGUCCGGCACAUCAUCGAACAUGCCAAACAGGAUGUAGACGAUGAGUACAGCAGUGCGAGCUUCAACCGAGGCCUGCAGUCCUACUAUGCUGUGGCUCACGCCGUCACCGAGAAAGUGGAGAAGCAGUCGUCGCUGCUGGUCAAUGGGCAGCUCAAACAGUACCAGAUUAAAGGUCUGGAGUGGCUGGUGUCGCUUUACAACAACAACCUCAACGGCAUCCUGGCUGAUGAGAUGGGUCUGGGAAAAACCAUCCAGACCAUCGCACUUAUUACUUACCUCAUGGAGUACAAGCGCCUCAACGGGCCCUUUCUCGUCAUUGUACCUCUGUCAACUCUAUCAAACUGGGUCUACGAGUUUGAUAAGUGGGCACCAUCUGUUGUAAAGGUCUCCUACAAGGGAUCUCCAGCUGCUCGACGGUCAUUUGUUCCCAUUUUGCGCAGCGGCAAGUUCAAUGUGCUGCUCACCACAUACGAAUACAUCAUCAAAGAUAAGCAGGUGCUAGCAAAGCUUCGCUGGAAAUACAUGAUUGUGGACGAGGGCCAUCGUAUGAAGAACCACCACUGUAAGCUGACGCAGGUCCUGAACACACACUACUUGGCCCCACGGCGUCUGCUGCUCACUGGGACCCCGCUGCAGAACAAACUGCCUGAGCUCUGGGCUCUGCUCAACUUUCUUCUGCCCACAAUCUUCAAGAGCUGCAGCACCUUCGAACAGUGGUUCAACGCUCCCUUCGCCAUGACCGGAGAGAAGGUGGACCUGAAUGAAGAAGAGACGAUCCUGAUUAUCCGACGUCUCCACAAAGUGCUCCGGCCGUUCUUGCUGCGCCGGCUCAAGAAAGAAGUCGAGGCUCAACUGCCAGAGAAGGUGGAGUACGUGAUAAAGUGCGACAUGUCAGCGCUACAGAGAGUGUUGUACAGACACAUGCAGGCCAAGGGAGUGCUGCUCACAGAUGGAUCAGAGAAAGACAAGAAGGGUAAAGGUGGUACGAAGACUCUCAUGAACACAAUUAUGCAACUGAGGAAGAUUUGCAACCACCCCUUCAUGUUCCAGCACAUUGAGGAAUCUUUCUCUGAGCAUCUUGGCUAUUCUAAUGGCAUCGUAUCCGGUCCUGACCUGUACCGCUCCUCUGGGAAGUUCGAGUUGCUAGAUCGCAUCCUGCCCAAGCUAAGGGCCACCAACCACAAAGUGCUGCUUUUCUGUCAGAUGACCUCUCUCAUGAACAUUAUGGAGGAUUACUUUGCCUACCGCAACUUCAAGUACCUGCGUCUCGACGGAACCACCAAGGCAGAGGACCGCGGCAUGCUGCUGAAGACGUUCAACGAUCCAGCCUCUGAGUACUUUGUGUUCCUGCUCAGUACCAGGGCAGGAGGUCUAGGACUCAAUCUGCAGUCUGCUGACACAGUCAUCAUCUUUGACAGUGACUGGAAUCCACACCAGGACUUGCAGGCUCAGGACCGAGCCCAUCGUAUUGGUCAGCAGAACGAGGUGCGCGUCCUCCGUCUCUGCACUGUCAACAGUGUUGAGGAGAAGAUCCUGGCGGCGGCCAAGUACAAGCUGAACGUGGACCAGAAGGUCAUCCAGGCCGGCAUGUUCGACCAGAAGUCAUCAGGCUUUGAGCGCCGGGCCUUCUUACAGGCCAUUCUGGAGCACGAGGAGCAGGACGAGGUCGGGGCUCGAGGAGGCUGCCGCACUAGGGGGGCGUGGGAGGAAGAUGAAGUGCCUGAUGAUGAGACUGUCAAUCAGAUGAUUGCAAGAAGUGAAGAGGAGUUUGAGCAAUUCAUGCGCAUGGACCUUGACAGACGUCGCGAAGAGGCCCGCAACCCCAAGAGGAAACCUCGUCUGAUGGAGGAGGACGAUCUGCCGAGCUGGAUCCUCAAAGAUGAUGCUGAGGUCGAGCGACUGACCUGCGAAGAGGAGGAGGAGAAGAUGUUUGGCAGAGGGUCUCGUCAACGCAAAGAGGUGGACUACAGCGACUCGCUUACUGAGAAACAGUGGCUCAAGGUGACAUGUUCAUUUUGCAGCUUUUAUGGUUGUGUGAAAUUAAUUUUAGUGUUGAUUUUACUCAGUGGUGGUUUCUCCUCACUGCAGGCCAUAGAAGAGGGUAACCUGGAGGACAUCGAAGAGGAAGUACGUCACAAGAAGACCACUCGAAAGCGCAAGAGGGAACGAGACCAUGAUGGCGGCAUGGCCACGCCCAGCUCCAGCAGUGGCAGAGGGCGGGACAAAGAUGAUGACGUGAAGAAAGCAAAGAAGCGCGGCCGCCCACCCGCUGAGAAACUCUCUCCAAACCCUCCCUCUCUCACCAAGAAGAUGAAAAAGAUUGUGGAUGCGGUCAUCAAAUAUAAGGAUGGUAACGGGAGGCAGCUCAGCGAAGUGUUCAUCCAACUGCCCUCUCGUAAGGAGCUGCCUGAAUACUACGAGCUCAUCCGCAAACCGGUGGAUUUCAGGAAGAUCAAGGAGAGAAUCCGCAGCCACAAGUACCGCAGCCUCAAUGACCUGGAGAAGGAUGUGAUGCUGCUCUGUCAAAAUGCACAGACAUUCAACCUGGAGGGGUCUCUGAUCUACGAAGACUCCAUUGUACUCCAGUCAGUUUUCACCAGUGUAAGACAGAAGAUUGAAAAGGAGGAAGACAGCGAAGGAGAAGACAGCGAAGAAGAGGAGGAAGAGAUCGAUGAAGGCUCAGAGUCUGAAUCUCGUUCAGUGAAGGUGAAGAUCAAACUGAGCCGGAAAGAAAAGGGGGAGCGAGGAGGUAAAGGACAACGACGAAGGGGCCGGGGCUCCAGGGCUAAACCUGUGGUGAGCGACGACGACAGCGAGGACGAGCAGGAAGAGGAGCGCUCUGCCAGCGGCAGCGACGAGGACUGAAGUAAACCACUCCUGAUUGGACCAACAGCCCACUGAGCCCCUGGACUGGAAUUUAUAUAUUUUACUUAGAAACAGCAGGGAGUCGGGUCUGUGGCGAAGGCCUAGUUUUACCUAGAUCAGCUGAUUUUUAGUGAGACUAUUGUAUUCUCAUUAAAGUUUACCAUUAAUUAAAAAAAAAAAUCAAAAAAACGAAACUAUGAAAGAUAUGAACCAUCCACUUCCAUAUUUAAACCAUUUUCCCAGUAUGAAUAGUAGUGUGUGUCAUUGCCUUUUUGUUUUCUCCUGUAAGUGGAAAAUCGACAGAGCCUGACAUAUAGACUGAUCGUGGGCCAUAAAGACAGCUUUUUUUUUUUUUUUUUUUAAGUGGUAUUAAUUUUGUCGUCUUUUACUUUGAGACAAAGGCGUACAUGUGAACCAGGAGUCACUGCGUUCCUCCUAUGUCCCUUUUUUUGCGAAUGCAUGUUAUGCGUGUCUGUGGAAAUGCACCUGGAUGUGUCUUCACUUAUUAUCUCUGUGUUUAAUUUAAGACUACAAAGCGGGAUCACGGUGUAUCCCACCCUGCAGCCCCUCCCUCUCAGGUCGUGUACGUUUUUAAAAAAAUAAAUAAAUACAAAGGGGGAGGGAGGGAUAGGACCAUUUUCUCGUGUCGGUGUCACUGGAUUCCAAAAAUCACAAUAAAGGCAUCUCCUAAUAAA